GAAACUGCAGGUCAAUCCCAAAUCCAUUUGAUUUUCGCUCUCGUCGGUCUUCCCACCCAUCCAUCCAUACCUCCGCCGCCUGCUCCGGCGAAUCCUCCGCCGCCUGACGCCUCCACCGCUCAUCUCAUCCGCCGCCACCCGCCUCUCAUCUCGCUGCUGCUCCACGGCAUCCCCCGCUGCUGCUCUCCGGCUCGGUGGCGCAGCCGUCCUCUCCCGAUCGAGCCGGCGCCAUUCUCCUCUCGUUCCGUGGCUUCUCGAGCUCACCACCACAAGCGGUUGGAUCGUCGCAGAAGAUCGAGCGGGGGAGAUGCGAGACGGCCCGGCGCCGCCGAGCCGAUGUCCACCCGCUCCACCACCAGCUCCGUCCUCAACUUCCUACGCCACGUCUCCUUCCCGCCGGACCCGCGCCUCCUCCCCUCCGCGCUCAAGUCAUGCUCGGCGCUGCGCCUCGCCCGCGCCCUGCACGCGGCCGCCGCCGUCGCGGGCGUCUCGCGGGACGCCUUCGUCGCGUCCUCGCUCCUCCACGCCUACCUCCGCUUCGGCGCCACGGCCGACGCCCGCAGCGUGCUCGACGGAAUGCCGCACAGGACCGUCGUGGGCUGGAGCGCGCUCAUUGCCGCUCACGCCUCUCACGGGGACGCCGAGGGAGCGUGGGGGCUCCUCGAGCGGAUGCGGAGCGAUGGCGUCGAGCCGAAUGUGAUCACCUGGAACGGGCUUGUCUCCGGGCUGAACCGGAGCGGGCGCGCACGGGACGCGGUCCUGGCGCUUGUGAGGAUGCACGGGGAAGGGUUCUUGCCUGACGCGACCGGAGUCUCGUGUGCGCUAUCUGCGGUUGGGGAUGUUGGAGAUGUCGCUGUCGGUGAGCAGCUCCAUGGGUAUGUGGUGAAGGCCGGGUGCAGGUUGGAUGCUUGUGUGGCCACUGCGCUCAUCGACAUGUAUGGCAAGUGCGGACGAGCUGAUGAGAUAGUCCGGGUGUUUGAUGAGUCAAGCCAUAUGGAUGUUGCCUCUUGCAAUGCCCUCGUCGCUGGGCUGUCACGGAAUGCUCAAGUCUCUGAGGCUUUAAGGUUGUUCAGGGAGUUUGUCGGCAGAGGGAUUGAGUUGAAUGUUGUUUCCUGGACCUCGAUUGUAGCUUGUUGUGUGCAGAAUGGAAGGGAUCUGGAAGCCGUUGAUCUUUUCAGGGAGAUGCAGUCAGAAGGAAUCGAGCCAAAUUCAGUUACAAUACCGUGCGUGCUGCCAGCUUUUGCAAAUAUUGCAGCUCUGAUGCAUGGUCGUUCUGCACACUGUUUUUCUCUUAGGAAGGGCUUUCAUCAUGACAUUUAUGUGGGGAGUGCUUUGGUGGACAUGUACGCCAAGUGUGGCAGGGUCAGGGAUGCAAGGAUGAUCUUUGAAGCAAUGCCAUAUAGGAAUGUGGUUUCAUGGAAUGCAAUGAUUGGUGGCUAUGCUAUGCAUGGAGAGGCUGAGAAUGCUGUGCGGUUGUUCCGAUCCAUGCAAAGUUCCAAAGAGAAGCCUGACCUAGUCACCUUCACUUGUGUCCUUGGUGCCUGCAGCCAAGCUGGCUGGACAGAGGAGGGGCGUAGUUACUUUAAUGAAAUGCAGCACAAGCAUGGAAUUUCUCCGAGGAUGGAGCAUUACGCAUGUAUGGUUACUCUGCUUGGUCGGGCUGGUAAGCUUGAUGAUGCGUAUGAUAUCAUAAAUCAGAUGCCGUUUGAGCCAGACGGUUGUAUUUGGGGGUCAUUGCUGGGCUCUUGCAGGGUUCAUGGAAAUGUGGUCCUUGCUGAGGUUGCAGCAGAAAAUCUAUUUCAACUAGAGCCAGAAAAUGCUGGUAAUUAUGUCCUGCUUUCCAACAUUUAUGCAUCCAAGAAAAUGUGGGAUGGGGUCAAUAGGCUGAGGGAUAUGAUGAAGACUGUAGGGUUGAAGAAAGAAAAAGGCUGUAGUUGGAUAGAGAUCAAGAACAAGGUACACAUGUUGUUGGCUGGUGAUAGUUCACACCCCAUGAUGGCUGCAAUAACUGAGAAGCUAAAACACCUUACUAUGGAGAUGAGGAGGCUAGGCUUUGCACCAAGUACAGAUUAUGUCCUACAUGAUGUGGAAGAGCAAGAAAAGGAUGAUAUCCUUUCUGUGCACAGUGAGAAGUUGGCUGUAGCAUUGGGCCUUAUAAGCACAAGUCAUGGAACACCCCUUCAGGUGAUAAAGAAUCUUCGGAUUUGUGGUGACUGCCAUGAAGCAAUGAAGUUCAUAUCAUCUUUCGAGAGGAGGGAGAUAUAUGUUAGAGACACCAACCGAUUUCAUCACUUCAAGGAUGGAAAAUGUUCAUGCGCAGACUAUUGGUGAUUUUUCUUGUCUUGUUCGACUCUACAUUUUACAGAACUUGGCAAGGAUGGUGUAGAAAAGCAUCUACGUCUCUGUACCCUAGGUUAAUAUUUCCUCAUGAGGUAAUUACUUACCAGCAAUAUCUGCAUUACUUAGUGAUUUAUUUUAUAAUAAUAAUAAUAAUAAUAAUAAUAAUAAUAAUAAUAAUAAUAAUAAUAAUAAUAAUAAUAAUAAUAAUAUUAAUAUUAAUAUUAUUAUUAUUAUUAUUAUUAUUAUUGAGCAAGGGCUGAAAGCCCAUUUUCAUUACCAGAAAUGGGAUAGUCUUUACAUUACAACACGACCUUUACACCAUUACAUGAUAACAGACAGCACAGCUAUCACAGUUUUCUGGCACUAUGAGGGUUCCAUCCCACCCCUUUCCUGCCAUAACCUGAAACUAAGACACAGGACUACUGUGUCACCUUAAAGCAUAACCGGGACUUAGUAUCAGGAAUGGCAUGACUUGCCCAUCACCAAAACACAAACAUCCAGGACCGAAGGUAAUGACAUAACACACCCAAGGUUUGAAAGCAGGGCUUCCCGAAGGACCUUCAACUCUCCUGUUCUACACUAGGUUGGUAUAUAUUCAUGAGGUAAUUGUUUACCUGCGAUGUCAGCAAUUUAACAUGUAAAAAGAAACAAAGGAACUCCUACGUUCUAUUGACCAACAAAGAAUACAUAAAAUCCUUCAUUGUACUUUGGUUGCAAUUUCAGAAUUUAUCAAUCUGAUAUAUCGCACAAUCUCCAUCAUGUCAGUUUUGGUAGCUCAUUGUUUUUUAUAUUUUUCUUUUAGACCACACCAGCUUCUAGUCUCUUAUGAAAGAUCUGUCUUAUUGCAACCAUAAAUACCCAACGGGUCAUUUUCCUGAGUUAGUACUUCCUUUAGGAAAUAGAAUGCAUAAUAUAUUUGCAUAGUGUCAGAUGUAGUCUAUAUCACUGUGUUGUAAUUCCUAUCCCUUGCAAAAUGCAAACUCUGUUUUGUAAUCUGGUAUUGGUAGCAACUUUUAGUUGCCUACUUAUCAAUUGUUAUUUGGUUUGUGCAAUUUUCAUAAGAAACAUGAUAUAUUUAUAUAGUAGACAAUCCCAUCUUACCUGCAUAUGUUUGAUGGACAGAAUAAUUUCUUAAGCAAUUUCAGUUGAAAGUAAUAUUAUUUUAUAUGAAAAGUAUUCAUGGUUGUGAUCUGCAGACUUGUUGAUUUAAGUGACCGUAUACAUGUAAACUGAGGAUAUGGUAAAUAAAGAAGGAUUUACAGGUGAAGAAAAGCUAAAGCCUUAAAGAUGCUCGAUGGUUUCAGAUAUUUUCAUAACCCCUUUUCCAUUGACGAAGUUACUUGCAUCUUCUUGUUCUCUCGUCUCUGGGAGAGGCAGAGAGCUAGCUCUGUGUUUUUGUUUGGUUCUAUGCCCUACCAAAAGUUGGCAGAGCAAAAACCUUGGGAUUGGUAAAUUUUGGUAGGAUAGAGAUGAAGAUGUCUAGUGCUAAAAUUGUACUUAUUUGAGAUAGAUACAUGAACUUGCCAUAAUUUUUGCUGA